GACUUUCUGAGAGCUGAGACCGCAAUCGUAGUGGGUACCUAGGCAAGUACACCAAGAUUGAACAGUGGAUCUCAGUUGUGAAGAGCACAAGACAUUAUGGGUAUUCUUAGUUCAGAACAACUCCAAUCCUUCAACUCACAAGGUUAUCUUGUGAUUGAAUCGUUUGCUAGUGACGAUGAGAUUGAAGCCAUGAUGAAGAGGAUGGAACAGUUGGUGGAUGAGUUUGAUCCUUCUUCCACCGCCUCUAUUUUCUCCACCAAGAACCAGAGUUUCGUUCUUCUUUGAGGAAAAAGCAUUUGGGGAUGAAGGUAAAUUAAAGCAGCCGAAGCAACUCUCCAUAAAUAAAGUUGGCCACGCCCUUCAUGAGAUUGAACCGGCAUUCGAGAAGUUUUCUACUUCUGAGAAAUUUUCUAGUUUGAUGUACUCCUUGGGUUAUAAGAGACCUGUAAUCAUGCAGUCUAUGUACAUAUUUAAGCAACCAGGCAUUGGGGGUGAAGUAGUGCCACACCAGGAUAACUCGUUUCUUUAUACUGAACCACAAACGUGCACAGGGCUAUGGCUUGCCCUAGAAGAUGCAAAGAUAUUAAAUGGUUGCCUUUGGGCGAUUCCUGGAUCUCACAAAAAUGGGCUUGUUAGGAGGUUCUUAAGAGAUGAAGUUGGUGUCAAAUUUGAUCGACCAUCACCAUCUUAUGAUCAAAAAGAUUUCGUUCCUAUUGAAGUAAAAGCUGGGUCUUUGGUUGUCAUCCAUGGGGAUCUUAUCCACCAAAGCUUUGAAAACCAUUCGCCAAAAUCAAGGCAUGCAUACAGCUUGCAUGUGGUGGAUACUGUUGGCUGCCAAUGGGCACCAGAAAAUUGGAUCAGACGAAAAGUGGAGCCAGAACCACUCUAUGUGAGCUGACCAACUUUAACCAGAUUUUUCUAAAAAAAAAUUCCAAAAAAAAUUAAAAACUCUUUUAAAAAUGGAAAACAAACAUACCCUAAAUGUUUAAUUUGCAAGCUUGUACAAUAAAUGUUUUUCAUUUGUCGUUAAAGCAUUGUAAUAAUGUCAACUCGUUAUGGGUUGGCACUGAUUACUAGAUUCCAUCUCUUUGGCUUCCGGAUAUGAAUAAUCAUAGUUUAAUAGUUU